UGAAAAGAAAUAUGGGCCAUCGGUGCUGCAUGUGACACGAAAAACUGUAAGGUUGGUGGUGUCAGUGAGAGUAAUUGUUUUGUUAGGUUUUUGUAACAACACAAUCAUAUUUACCAUUAUGCGACAGCAAUGGUUUGGUUUCACCCGAUUUUCUGUGUGAUUUACACGUUAUUGGAACUUUGUCAGUUGCACGAAGCGGUAGAUGCCUCAGUUUUAGCCAAUACCUUACUGUAUCCCGUAUCUGUGGCUGCGGCCAAUUAUUCCAGUGUAAAUUCUGGAUAUAUUAAUGGACUACCAAGUAUAUUUUUCGGGCCGGUGAAGAAUGUCAGCGUUAAUCUAGCAUACAAUCCCGCCGGAAGCGGUGUGAUCUCCGUAACGAAUUCCUCCAGUGGUGUCAGCAUAACAUUCCCUUUACCGCCCAAUACACUAUCCAACGUCUCACGGGUGCCCGUAUACGGAUUCCCGCCAUACGCUCCUGCACCCACGUCUUCCUAUUCGAAUUACGGCUAUCCCGGAUAUGCUGUCGCUGCGGACUCCAGCUAUGGCUCACCGUCGUACAACGGAUACAAUUCAGCCUCGCCAAAUACAAAUGCUAAUAACAUACCACAGAUUAAGUAUGUAUACGGACCGGUUAACUUACAGUACCAAGCGCCGAUUUUUCCUGCUCUGGAUUACUCACGGCCACAACAACCGGCUCCACCAUAUUCUUUGCCAGUGUACGAAACUUCAUUCCCGAAGGGAGAUCAGUACAUAGCGCCGAUGCCGGAAACCAAUCGGCCGUACAGCAGCAACUCCGCAUAUAACCAGUAUCCGCCUCCGAGCUACGACAGAGGGACGAUUUACGACACCAAGUACCCACUACCGCCGCAAGUUAGUCCGUACUAUCCAAAUGCCCCAGCACCGUAUUAUCCAGGAGGAAAUUAUAAUACAGGAAAUAAUCCCUAUGCAACUCCUGCGUAUUCUUGGAAAUACAGGACAACGUACGGGCCGUACCCUGUAUCCAAUACAACGGUGCUGGCAGUUACAACAACUGCUGCCAGCAAAGUGAAAGUGGAACCUGCCACGGUUUCUCCUCCACCAACCGCAAAUCCUGGUACCACAACACCUACAACGAAGCCAACCGAAAAGACCACAAGUGCGGUAGUCGAAGCCAACCCUCCGCUUUCGAGCAAAAUUGGUGCUAUCAACACCACAGAAGAAGUUGUUGAGGACGAACUGACUGACAUCGAAGGACUGAAUGACACAUUGUCAGAAGACGCCAACUCAAGUGACGACUCACUGGUGGAUAUAACGCUGCCACCCGAACCAAUAGUAGAAAUUACUCUCCCACCGGUGAAAGUUCCCAUCACGACAACGACCCGAAAACCAGCCGCUACGACAGCUAAAAGCACCUCUCGCCCUACAACCGGUGCUGUAAUUUUUAAAUUUGCUGCUGCAGUCGUUACCACCCGGACGACUCCGCGACCAACGACAGCUGCAAAAACUACAGCGCGGGUGACCUUUCCCCCGGCCAAACGAUUCCUAAUUCUUGGAAAAACGCUCUCACAAAAUUCAACUCUAUCUUCGGAUACGAUUGAGACUACAGAAAACAAAUCCGAGGCAGAGAAAACAGAUAGCAGCCUUAGCGAGAUGGCCACCGAAGAGGCGGUGCCAGCUGAACUGUUCGAAGAUGAUGUAACCGAAGCAACUACGACGACACCGACAACCCGUCAUAAGAAAUUCCAUCGGAGAAAAACCACAACUCGGCCGAAAGCGGAAGAAGAUGAUUAUCCGGAAGAUGACGCGGAUACCGUUGAUGAAAUUACUGAAGGACCCCGACGAAGACGGAAAAAUAAACGCCGCCGGCUGGUGCUGAUUAGCACAGCUGUUGAUGUGGAUGAAGGAGCGCUAACAGGAUUUGAUUACGAAGAUAACGAUGAAGACGAGCGCCCACGCCGUAAGAAAUCCAAAAGAAAAUCUCGCAAAACCACGACCACCGCUCCCUUGGAAAAUGACACCGAUAAUGGGCCAGAGGGCGAUGAUUUGUCGGAGGAAAAAAUUACGGAUACGACGAUUUUGCCAGUUGUUACCAGCAAACGAAGACGUACAUUUGCCAGAAAAGUCCCGAGGUCUACUGUAACAGCAACAGGAGUAACCGGAGAACCCCUCACCUCAACCACGACUACGACCUCAAAGGUCACACAACAAAUUACGGCGACAAAGGGCACGGUGGCCAGUACCAUGGCCACUGUACGCAAAGCUACUGCAAAUUUUAAAGCAAAACCAGCUAUAACCACAACGUCGGCAUCCUUGGUUGGGGCGUUAAAGAAUACUUCAGGUUUUUCUGGAACAACGCCAACCACACCUGCUAGUACACGCACAACAAAGGAAAUGUCCACGGCGAUCACUGCCGGCAGCACACUGAAUAUGAGUAAUAUUGCCACCCCCGCGCCAAGUGCGGCAACGCCAGUAUCCGGCGCCGCUGCAGCAACACAAGCUAGCAAUUCAAAUGGAGCGCUGACAUUGACGACGAGUUCCGAUCGCAUUAACACAAACACUGAAUCUCCUUUGCCUUCGAUAACUGUAACCGCCCAAUCCUUCCAGUCUACUACCGCAGCAACGCAGUCGAACGGUAAUCAAAACGUAACGGUAACUGCUGGAGCGUCCACCAACGGCAGCAUAACCAGUAAUGCAACCGGCGGCGCACAACAGGAAUCAGACGUGAUUUCCCCAAAAACGGUAGCUCUGCAGGACGCGCUGAUACAAGUAGACCAGACUACGAGUACUGUACGACCACCUUUAAAUCCCGCUUACUUUGGUCCUAGUAGCUUGAUAAGCAUGUUUAAUGAACCGACAAAUUUUAAUGCCCCCCAUCGUUUUGUACGCCCGGCGGAAUGGGGUAUAACUCCAGCGAGCACCGGAAGACUGAUGUUGUCCGCUUUAUAA